AUGUCUCUCGCACCACCAACCUCGAAACUGCAUCUGCGAACGCCGCCAGAGCCAGGAAAGAAAUCCGCACAGACGACUUACCUCAUCUACUUCAUAACUGGCAACCCUGGUCUCAUCGAAUACUACCGUACCUUUUUGACACAUUUGUAUGGAGUGUUGUCGCAAAACACCGCAAGUGAUCGAAGUAUCGAGUUUCAAGUUUACGGUCGAUCAUUGAGCGGAUUCGAGGUAAACAGCAGCGAAAUCAAAACGUACAAGUACCGCAGAGACCCGCCCUAUGGACUGCAGGACCAGAUCCGACAUGCAGAAGACGACGUUGUGGAAUUGGUCGAAGACCUCAAAGACAACGGCGCGAAAGAUGUAAGAGUUAUCCUAGUGGGCCAUUCAGUCGGCGCAUACAUCAGUCUCGAAAUUGUACGGCGACUACGAGCCCACGGCGUCGCAGGUGAAGACUUCGACACCAGGAUAUCCGGCGUAGUAGGCCUCUUCCCCACCGUCGUCGACCUAGCAAGAAGUGAGAGUGGUAUGAAGGCUGCUCCCUUUGUCAAAAACUCAAACUUCGUCGUCUUUCUCUCCGUCAUCGCUGGCUUCAUCUCUAUGCUUCUGCCCCUCUCCCUGCUCACCAAACUCAUCGCGUCAGUAAUGUCCUUCCCCCAAGACGCCGCGCACACCACCGCGUCGUUUGUUAAAUCCCCGCACGGCGUCCUCCAGGCGCUGCACAUGGCGCGCGACGAAAUGUUCCAAAUCGACACGGACAUCUGGGACGAGGAUAUCUGGGGCGCCGCGGCCGAUGCGCCCGUGUCGAAACAUCCGCAUCCGAGACCCACCCUGCGGUUCUUGUUCGCGAAGAAAGAUCACUGGGUUGCGGACGAGACGCGGGACCAAUUGAUUCGGACGAGGGGCAGGUUCAGCUACGGGGAUGAGGUGGAGGUGGAGGGCCCGGAGAGCUGGAAGCCGGUUAUGGAGGUUGAUGAGACGGAAGGGUGGGUGCAUUCGUUUUGUGUGCGGCAUGGGGUGCCGGUUGCGGAGAGAGUGGCAGGGUAUAUUAGGGGGAUUGUGGAGCGAGAUUUGAAGAGGUGAGAGAUGAGCGCGGAGACUGAAUGAGCGGGUGAAGUGGGAAUGUUGCUUCGUCGAUACCGUGUAGCAUAAUUUCAUAGACUCCCUAACUACACACCCCAAAUGAAGAAAAAAAGCCUCCCAAACAC